AACCAAAAGACAGAAAAGCAAAACCACACCAUAGUGUUCGAGACUUCACCGGAAAAACCGUGAAGCAUGUCGGGAAAAAGCAAGAUUCUGGUCAUCGGAGGGACCGGUUACAUCGGAAAAUUCGUAGUGGAGGCGAGCGCAAAGGCCGGAAACCCUACCUUCGUCCUCGUCCGCGAGUCCUCAGCUUCGGAUCCCGUCAAGGGAAAACUCGUUCAGAGCUUCACAGAUCUUGGUGUCAACAUACUACAUGGAGAUGUAAAUGAUCAUGAGAGUUUGGUGAAGGCGAUAAAGCAAGUAGACGUGGUGAUUUCCGCUAUUGGUAGCAUGCAAAUCAUGGAUCAGACCAAGAUCAUUGCUGCUAUCAAGGAAGCUGGUAACGUCAAGAGAUUCCUGCCGUCGGAGUUCGGGACGGACGUGGACCGUACGAACGCGGUAGAGCCGGCGAAAUCGGCGUUUUCGGUGAAGGCGCAGAUCAGAAGAGCCGUAGAGGCAGAAGGAAUACCGCACACGUACGUUGUGGCCAACUGCUUCGCCGGUUAUUACCUUACCACAUUGGUUCAGCUUCAACCAGGCCUCUCUUCCCCUCCUAGAGACAAAGUCACCAUCUAUGGCGAUGGUAAUGCCAAAGCUGUUAUCAACAAGGAGGAAGACAUUGCUGCCUACACCAUUAAAGCCGUCGAUGAUCCGAAAACUCUGAACAAAUUUCUCUACAUAAACCCGCCUAAGAACAUCGUCUCGGUGAACGAUCUCGUCGCCUUGUGGGAGAGCAAGAUCGGCAAGACCCUCGAGAAGACUUACAUUUCAGAAGAACAACUCCUCAAGAGCAUCCAAGAAUCUCCGAUCCCCAUCAAUGUUGUUCUGUCCAUAAACCACUCGGUCUUCGUGAAGGGCGAUCAAACUUCGUUUAAUAUCGACCCUUCUUUCGGGUUUGAGGCGUCCGAGCUUUACCCCGAUGUCAAGUACACGAGCGUUGAAGAGUACCUCGGAAAAUUCGCUUGAGAAUACUCGAUACCAUGAUAUAAUAUACUACUACAAUGUUUUUCGAAAUAACGGGUUCUUCCAUAUGGUGAAAGAGAGUGAGAAUGGGCGCGAGCGUUAUAAGAGAGUGUUGUUACAUUGAGAAAUGAUGAAUUACAAUGGUUAUGAAUAUAUGUAUAUUUUCUGUUUGGAUUGAUCAAGUGAUAAUUACAUAUUA